CAGAGGACGGAUACUGCUCAUUUUAAGAGUUUGAACAAGUUUGGAAAUGUGGUGAUUUUGUUUGCAGUUGAACGUGUGAGGUGAGAAACCUGCAGUCCAGACAAAGAGUAUUCAGAGAGAGAGCUGCCUGCAGAGACACACAAGCUUCCCAACAUCUGGUCUGCUGGAGGACGGGGCGAGCCGGAGAGAGAAAGUUGGGAGGCGGAGAGAAAAACUAUCUCCGCUGGAGAAAAAUGCAUUGAAUUGGAAGUUAAGGUCACCUAUAUCAGCUGGGGAGAAAAUUCGUGGUCGUGUUAAAGUGACUAGACUGGACGAAAAGAGGAGAGGAAAGGUCUCGGAGGGCGAGAAGUCCACCUGGUGCGGUCAGAGAAUGAAUUAGUCCAGGCUCGGCUGCACCGCGUCCCAGCCAGAGACAAGGCUCACUCCUUGGCCCCCCACCUCCUCCCAUAAGAGCCAGGCCUACGCCAAUGGAUGAGGAGAGGAAUGCCCUUGCCAUAUGCCCAGAGCCACCUGAUGAUGGGGACCCGAGUCCAUCAGCUCCACAACCCAGUUCACAUGCAAACUCUGCCACAGAGAGCACAGAGAGCACAAACAGCUGCCUGAAUCCAAAGCCAUGUCCCAGUACAGAUGUGGCCAACACCUAUACUGAGCCCCUCAUAUUGAGGUCAAAUGUCACCCCAGAAAGGUUGCGAGGCGAUGACGGAGACAAUUGCAAAAGCAGCCUUACGCACACGGCGCUUACGACACCCAGCAAGAGUAUCACAUCUCAACCAGCAGCCAGAUCCACGCCCAUCCACCACACCCAGCCAUGUCGGACACAGCCCAGCAGUCAACUACGCAAUGGAGCCAAGCACCAUUCACACACACACUCCCCUCACACGCACUGUCCGCAUCACACGCCUCACACGCAUGCACUCCACUCCAACGGGGUCAGGAACGGUGGCCCUCAUGAGCAUCCUAAGCUGGGCUCUCUCCCAAGAGGUGGCUCAUCCACCUCUUCAUCCUCCUCAGCAGGACCCAAACACACAAAGAAGUUGCAGUCUAACCCCUCCAUCACAUCCCAGAGCAGCAAGAGGAGCAAGAGCAGCUCCAAAAGCAACAGCUCCCAGAUUCCCACAGAGGCACAGGAUGACUGCUGUGUUCACUGUAUUCUGGCCUGCCUCUUUUGUGAGUUCCUAACUCUGUGUAACAUCGUGCUGGACUGUGCCACCUGUGGUUCCUGCGCGGGUGAUGACUCAUGUUUCUGCUGCUGCUGUGUGUCAGAGGAGUGUGGUGACUGUGACCUGCCGUGUGACAUGGACUGUGGCAUCAUCGACGCCUGCUGUGAGUCUGCGGACUGCCUGGAGAUCUGCAUGGAGUGCUGCAGCCUUUGCUUCUCCUCCUGAGGCCACAGCCACUGCACAGGGGGCAGCGCAAAUGUCCAAUUCAUAUCCCCACAAGCCCCGCAACAACUUUGACCAGCGUCUUUAUCAAAGCUACAAAGUGCUACUCCCAGUCUUUGUUGUCAUAGCUUUGCCUGGGCUCUGUGGGUCAUACUAUAUUGGCUGGCCUAAUUGGCUCCACAAUAUGUCCAAUAUUUCUUACAGGGUUUGCCAACCUAAAGAUGUGACCUAAUGCUGAGAGCAGUCACUGGUGAAUUCUUCCUUUCUUUAUUGAUCAAACCAUGGGAAAGUAGCCUCUCCAGCCUUGUCUUUGUUGUUGGUCCAUUGCUACACAGCUGGAUGUGUAGUGCAGAGUGAGUUUCAGCUGUGGUCCACAAGUGCCUGCCAGGCUGUGCAGACUGGGCCGCUGGAUUAUUACAAUGAAGCCCCUUGUGCCGUCUGAAUGACUGGAGUUCACCAAGCAUGAAAAAUGACCUCUAAAGGCAAAUGAGAAAAUGGCUCAAUUUAACCGGAUUUUAGCGUUUCUGUUGAUAAGAGUAGCAGCAUAAUGGAAAAAUGGACGCUCAGAUCUCAGUAGAAAUGCUUCUGUCUGUCCUCCUGUCCUUGGCAAGGUUAAAGUCUUCCAGUUUGAUUGCAUGCAGUGGCACACACAGCCCAAGUGUGUGUGUUGAAUCCACUGCUGUCUUUGUUACUAUGUACAAAAUAGAGAAAACAUUAAUGGUGGCUUGUGGCAAUAUUUUAGACAAAUUUCUUUUCUUAAUAAGCAUCUCAUUUAACGGACUUAUGCAAAGAAGAAUUAUGGGAGCAUCAUGCAUCAGCAUGGAGAUGGGUCCCAUUAAAUGAGCACUGUAAGUAAAGGACAUCACAGAGCGUCUGCAAUGGACACAUUCUCUACUUCACAUGUGAAAAGAGCAAGUUCUUAAUCAAAAGUCUCUUUGUUUGAGGGGCUUUGGCUGCAUUCAAUGAAUUCUUCCUCAUCUGAACAGUCGGAACUGGUAAAGGACUGGUAGGGGAUUGGAAGGCAUCAUUUCCUUUUUUUAAUACAUUUCAUUUUUCUUUGUCGUUUUUGCUAUGUGAACAAAUGGCCUUGGCUUAGCUUAAGGCCUGAAUUUUCAAGUCGCCUUUACCAAAUCUCUAUUAAUCCUUGUUUUGUAGAUUUUAGUUAAGAUAUUUGCAUUUCUCCUCUAAUGUGAAAAUCACAUUUCUGUGUUAUCAGGUUUUGCUGGGCUCUCUGUAAAGCAGACAUUGCUCAACAUCUAAUUUAAUUCCUUGAGUGAAAAUCUCAACGCCAUUAUGCUAAGUUAGAUCCAUAUGCUUGUAGUAUGAAUGGUACGCUUUUGAUAACAGGCCCGCACUCUCGUAUGAUCAGACGCAUACCUGCUCCAACCCAAUACCUCUUUAGAUGUCACCUAGAUCUGUUGUGCAUUUUAAAAUGACUCGAUACAAAUCUCUCUUCUUUUUGAUCAAAUACUGUUUGUGCAAUCCUUUUUUCUUGGAAAUACCAAAGAGUUUACUUGUACUGGACCCCAGUUUCUAGACCUAUAGUUAGCUGUACAUAGAAGGGUUUUUGCUAUGCUUAUGUGGCUGUGGUUG